UCAUCUCCCUCUCGAGUCCGCAUCACAACGCAUGAGCCGCGUCAGGCAGCCACGAACAUAAUGAGAAUAGAGGAGAAACCAAUUACAGCAGUCCGCUGAAUGAUGCACCGAGACAGGCUAAACACACCUUUAUGUCGCCCUUGCCGCCCUCAUUCUAUGCCCAGCGACACGAAUAGUCCGGUCCUCGAUAGGCACCCCAGCUGCCCCCACUCAAAUUGGCAGUCCUGGUCGCCGAGGUGCUCGUUGAAGCCCUUGACCACCCCCACCACACGAUACUGGGCCGCCUCGUCCUUCCGAGCCUUGUGAAUCACCUCACGCAACUCCAUCGUCUGGCCACCCACAUCGCCCACCACAAAGCACUGCAGCGGCACACGCACCAUCACGCCGCCCACACUGGCCAUUCUGCCCACCACCUCCCUGUUGCUGCUCGUCUGUGUGGCCGCCGACUUGACGAAGUGGCCGACGGCCGAGCGCACGCGACGUCUGAGCUGCGAGUCACCGAUCAGGUACUCGUCGAUGGCCGCCACAGCAGCGGAAGGGUCGUGCAGGAAAGCGCCAAUCUUCCAGCCGAUGGCCUCUGCCUCGUGUGGGCCGAAUGCCAUGUUGGAUGGGGAGGGGUGGGGGUGGGCGCCGUCGUGGUGGGGGGCGAGGGGCAGCAGACGGGCGAGAAGCAUCGAGUGGUCGCGCUGGGGGGCGAGGGCGGCGUUGAUGGCCGACAUGGUCACAUCGGGCAGCUCACUCAGCACUGUGGUGUACUCGGUGAGCACCAGCUGACGACGACGGCGCUGCUCUCCUGUGGCUGUGGGGAUGCGGCUGAUGGAUGGGGCCGCCCCGGCCCGCAGCAGCGUCCGGGUGAUGGUCUUGUGGUGGCGGAUCGAUCUUUGGCGCCGCUCCUCCUCUCCCUGGUCCUCGCCCAGCCCGUUUCCAUGUCCAUGUUGCUGUUGCUGCUCUUGCAUGAGAUUAUCGAGGACCUGCGCAGCCACUGAGAGGGGUGUCUCGUUGGGCUGGUUCGGGCUCCCUCUGUUGAUGUCCUCGGCUGUGAGCUGGCGGCACAGCCAAUCAGCCACAUAGGGGGAGCCACACCGUGCCGCCAUGUGCAAUGGUGUCCUGCCGUAGCGUGUUGCCGUCAUUUCGGCGCCGUGGCUGGUGAUGAGGUCCAGGUACUGGUCGAUGAACUGCUGCGAGAAGGCAGAACGGGCCAUGGCUGCCCAAUGGACCAGAUUCUCUCCACCGAACCGCUCCUCUGGGAGUGUGCUGUCGUGUUGGAUGAGCCGAUGAUACACCGACAGCAACUGCUUCUCCCCCUGACGAGUGACGUGGGGUUGAGGAAGCCGCAUCACCGCAAAACCCCGCACGUUGGCCUGGCGCGCCAGCAGGGUCUCGACGGCCGUCAGAUUGCCCGCCGCAACGGCCACUUGGAUGGGCCUGGUGUACCCUUGACCCGCAUUGACGUCCGCCCCGUCAUCGAUGAGUGUGUUGAUGACGUCACGCUGCAGCUGCCUGGAGGACCACUGGGGAAGGACCACCGGCACGCUAAAGUUAGCAUCGCUUUUCGCAUAGAGAGAUGGGCCGUUUGUUGGACUGUCAAUGGCGAAAGACAGGCAGCCGUAUCGCCAGGACGGAGGUAAUGUGAUGCCGCGGACGCGCAGGCCGCCGAUGGCUCUCGGGUCGGCUCCUUGACGUACCAGCCCUGUGACUUGGUGGCUGGCGUGAGUGAAGUUGCAGCGGAUGCAGCCCUCCAACAGCCGUUGGCUCAGAGCACUGACGCCCUCGUCGGGGAUGGUGUCGACGUCAUCCAGUCCCUUGCAGUAGGGCGGCACCGCCUGUGUGUAAGGUGCUUGCGAUGCGGCGGACAACGACUGAGCCAUCACGCCAAGCAACACUCUGCACACACAGACACAGAUCACAAAGUCACGUGUCAUUCCUCCGAUCCAACACAGAUGUUGCUGACGCACCUGGUCGUCGGCCCGGCCACCCGAACGGUCAGGUGAGGCUCCACGUCACGCUCAGCGUCUUCCGCUCUGAUCGAGUGAGGAUCGAAUUGGUGUUUUUCUCGGACCUGACGUCAAUAACGAGCUCCGAAGACACCAGCAGCGCUCAUUUG